UAAGUUUUUUAAAUGAAAAUAUAGUUUCUUUAAAUAUUCAAAAUGUCAAGUACGACCGAAAAUAUUGUGCAUGUGUCAGUGACGACCGUAAAAAAUAUUACCUUUGGAACCACCGAUUAUGUCGUUUUUGUGUUAUUGUUGUGCGUUUCUGCUGGUAUUGGCGUAUAUUUCGGUUUCUUUUCGAAAGCUAAAAACACCACCGAUGAAUAUCUGAUGGGUGGAAAAAGAAUGAAAACUGUACCAAUCGCUAUAUCCUUAGUAGCAAGUCAGUUAUCCGGUAUAUCUAUUAUGUCAAUACCUGCGGAAACAUACUCAUAUGGUAUCCACUAUUUUAUUGCGGUAUUAUCAAUGAUUAUUGUUGUUCCAAUAUUGUGCUAUAUUAUCAUUCCGGUGUUUUAUGAAAAUAAUAUAUCCAACUGUUAUGAGUAUCUUGAAAUGCGAUUCAACAAGCGCGUGCGUCAAUUGAUAACAAUAUCGUUUAUUUUUCAUUCUGCACUGAUGCUUCCAGUCUACAUGUUUGUUCCAUCAUUGGCUUUCUCGCAGGUUACGGGCAUCAACAUUCACGUUAUAAAUACUAUAAUCUCUUCGAUUUGUGUUUUCUACACAAUGUUGGGCGGCAUUAAAGCUGUCGUGUGGACUGACGUUGUACAAGCUUUAGUAAUGGUAUUCUCAGUAAGUUUAGUUGGUGUUUUGGGCACACUUAAAAUAGGUGGUCUCGGUAAUGUGAUGCAAAAUGCACUUGAGGGUGGACGCCUUAAUUUUGAUUUCACCUGGGAUCCACGUGUACGCGUUGGUGUUUGGAACUCCCUAAUUAAUGGUACAAUAAUGUGGAUUGGAUAUAUUGGCUUAAAUCAAAGUUGUGUACAAAGAAUAGUGUCUCUACCAUCAAUCAAUCAUGCCAAAAGAGCGCUCUUAUUAUCUGGUAUUGGUAUUAUUCUCGUAUUGGGAUUCAAUUCUUUUAUUGGCAUUGUUAUGUAUGCUCGCUAUCAUGGCUGUGAUCCGAUAUUAGGCGGUCUUGUUGAAAAGGCAGAUAAGCUGGUCCCAUUCUUUGUGCAAGAGAUAUUGGGUCACUUACAAGGCAUGCCUGGAAUUUUUGUGUCUUGUGUUUUUAGUGCUUCCCUAAGUACUCUAUCCGCUGUACUGAAUUCAAUGGCUGGGGUUACUUACUUUGAUUAUAUAAAACCUUUCAUUAAUCAUACGGAAGCGAAAGCGAAUUUCAUAAUGAAAAUAAUUGUUAUUGUCAUGGGAAUUUACUGUGUUUUAGGUGGAUUUAUAGUACAAAACUUUAAUUCUAUUUUGCAAUUAAUUUUGACCAUUGCCGGGAUUACUGCUGGUGCUGUGGUUGGCGUAUUCUUACUGGGAAUGUUUUUACCACGAAUUAAUGGAAAAGUUGCUGUAACAUCAGUUAUUAUGAGUCUUGGUAUUAUGUGCUGGAUAAUAGCAGUUGCACAAUUUCGCAUAAAAUCUGGUGCUAUAAAAUAUAGCCCAAUUUCAACUACAUUAGACCAAUGUGAAGCAAGAAAUUUAAAUUUCGUGCUUAACUCAAUAGCCAAAAAUGGCAAUAAAAACAAAUUAUCUGAAGAUUUUGAAGUAACUCCGACUCCAUUAGUGACGACUGCAUUUACAAGCAAUAGAGAAUUUUCCAUAUUUGAAAUCUCUUUCUUUUGGUAUAAAGUUGUCGGUGCUGCAAUUAUUUGGAUUGUAGCAAUUCCUUUGAGCUACUUUUGGAAAGUGGAUAAACAUGAAAAAAUUAAUCCCAAGCUAUUCUCGCCAUUUAUACGUAAGUUUAUUAGUUGCGACGCAACAGAAAUGGAAGAAAUGUCUUUAAAGUCUCCAAUUUUAAAUGGCGAAAACAAUGCAAAAAUAAUUAUAAGCGACGCUAAACAUGGCAACGACAGUAAAACACAGCAGCUUCUACAAAAUGGAGACAACGGAGACUCUAGCGCAACAGCAAACAUAACAACUUUUAUUAAUCAAUCAACAACAAUGAACACCGCUUCGAAUAUCAUCUCUGGCAUUACAUUCGGUACAGUCGACUACUUUUUGUUCGUACUGUUGUUGUUAGUUUCUGCGUCGAUCGGAGUUUAUUUCGGCUUCUUUUCUAAAUCCAAAAAUACAACAGAUGAAUAUUUGAUGGGAAAUAAACAAAUGAAAACAUGGCCAAUUGCUAUCUCAAUUAUAACUAGCCAACUUUCAGCGGUAGCCAUUGUUACAGUACCAUCCGAAAUAUAUUCUUACGGUAUCAGUUUCAGUCUUUUGCUUGGAGCUGUUAUUUUGACUGGACCAAUAAUGAACAGUACAAUUAUACCAGUUUUUUAUGAAAAUAAUGUACACAGCUGUUAUGAAUAUCUUGAGAUGCGAUUCAAUAAACGCGUUCGUCAAAUUAUAACAAUUACGUUUUUAUUGCAUUCCCUACUCCUAAUACCUGUACAUUUAUUUCUACCUUCAUUAGCGCUUUCACAAGUUUCCGGAUUAAAUAUUCAUCUAAUUAAUGCAAUUGUCACCUCUAUUUGCAUUUUCUACACAAUGUUGGGUGGCAUUAAAGCAGUUGUCUGGACCGAUGUAGUGCAGGCACUAAUAAUGUUCAUAUCCAUGGUAGCAGUUGGCCUUGUAAGCACUUUUAAACUGGGCGGCUUCAAUGCGGUGAUGACGAAUGCAUACGAAGGGGGACGCUUAAAUUUUAAUUUUUCAUUGGAUCCACGUGUGCGCACCACCGUUUGGAAUGGAUUAUUUAGCGGCAUGUUUGUUUGGAUAAGUUAUAUUGGGCUAAAUCAAAGUUGUGUACAGCGGCUUGUUUCCAUGCCAACAGUUAAAAAUGCUAAAAGAGCCGUUCAUAUAACAACUAUUGGAGUUUUUGUAGCUAUGAUCUUUAAUGUGUUAAUUGGUAUUGCCAUGUAUGCACGUUUUCAUGGCUGUGAUCCUGUUUUGGGCGGAGUUGUUAGCAAAUCAGAUAAAUUAGUACCACUCUUUAUACAGGAUGUGAUUGGACACUUAAAGGGAAUGCCAGGAAUUUUCAUAUCUUCGAUCUUUAGUGCUGCACUAAGCAGUUUGUCCGCUGUACUAAACUCUAUCGCGGGUGUAUGUUAUUUCGAUUACAUUAAACCAUUUGUAGUUCAUACAGAUGCGAAGGCUAAUGCUAUUAUGAAAGUUCUAGUCGUAUUAAUGGGAAUUUAUUGUGUUCUUGGUGGAUUUAUUGUACAAAAUUUUAAUUCUAUUAUGCAAUUAAUAUCGACUGUCGCUGGCAUAGGGAGUGGAGCCAUAGUGGGAAUCUUUUUUUUGGGCGUCUUUGUGCCCAGAGUAAAUGGAAAAGUCGCCUUUAUCGCUAUCAUCACAAGUGUCGGUACCAUGUUGUGGAUAAUUUUACAGGGUCAAAUACGUUUAAAAGCGGGAAUUAUUGAUUAUAUUCCCCUUUCUACGACAAUAGACAAAUGCGAUGCUCAAGAUUUAAAUGAUGUGAUUAAAUCAGUAACUACAACCUCUUCAAUACAACAUUUUUCUGCAACAACAACCGAAGUUCCACUCGUCACAAAUGCUUUCAGUAGCAACAGAGAAUUUUCCAUAUACGAAAUAGCUUUCUAUUGGUAUAAAGUUAUUGGAGGUUUAAUAAUUUGGUUAGUGGCGAUUCCCUUAAGCUACGUUUGGAAAAUACGUGAAGGAGAAACACAAAAUUUAAAAUUAUAUGCCCCUAUCAUGAGAAAAUUCAUAGGGAAAAAAACCAAACCGGCAGAUGUGGAAGAUAGCGAAGCUGCAGUGCCAUUGAAAGAAGGGGAAUCUAAAGUUUAUCCCAAAAUUAUAAAUCGUGAAAAAUAAGAUAGUAUUUGUUAGCGCAAUUUCAAUCAUUCUACAAUAUUUUAUAUUUAAUAUUUUGUUAUUAAAAUGUGAUUUUGUUAAUCUUAAAUCAAAACUCCUGUAAAUGAUCAAAAUUUAAUCAUAUUUUUUCUUGAACUCAGCUCAUUCGGAAACAAUACUACUUAAAUCUUUUAAUUUAAACUAAAAGUAAAACUAAUGUGAA